AUGUCCAAAAAAACAAGUGACGACCAACGCCAAACAGUCAGCAAGUCAAGAGCUGUGGCUUUCAUUCACCCGGAUCUCGGGCUCGGUGGAGCCGAGCGUCUCGUCGUGGACACAGCGCUUGAACUACGCGCGCGACACCAUACCGUCGUCCUGUACACGCUGCAUCUGGACCCUCAGCGCUGCUUUUCUCAUGUUCUAGAUGGUUCUUGUGGGAAAGUGGUUUGUGUAGAGAACCGUGUGAUACGUUUCAUUAGACGUUUCGUCUGGGGACACGCGUUGCGCGCUGCGCUCUCCUGCGCAGUGCUGGCGGCAAGCGUGCCGCUCGACUAUGAUGUCGUCUUCGUGGACCUGGUUGCAAUACCGCUCAUGAUUCUAUGGUGGAAGAGGUUCCUGCAAAGGAUCAGCUUGCACUGGAAAACGAGUCGGUACCUGGAAGCCGACGCCGCACGAAGAUCCCGUCCUCGACCGCUUCUCGUGUACUAUUGCCAUUUUCCCGAUCGUCUGCUGGCACCUGGUGCCUCUUUCGAAAGCGUACCCACUGGCGUUGGUCCACCCAAACAAUCGGAGACCUGGUGGCGACGCUGGCUGCGCAGUCUCUAUCGCAGCGUUGUGGACAGCCUAGAAGCCUGCAGCAUCGCGCACGCAGAUAGGAUCCUGGUGAAUAGUCAGUUUACAAGUCGAGUCGUCGAGAGAACGUUUCCUCGAGCAACUCGGAGCCGAAAGCCGUGCGUCUUGUAUCCGCCAGUACCUGCAUCGCCGGCGGAUGUGAGCGAACCCCGCAUACCCGACAUGGUUCCCAAGCGCCCGUUCCUUCUCUGCAUCAGUCGCUUUGAACGGAAGAAAAGGAUGGAACUGGCGGUCCACGCACUCGCUCUACUCUAUCAGGAUACACGAGUGCGUGAAAGGCGGGUAAUGCUAGUGAUUGCCGGCGGCUAUGACGAACGAUUGACUGAGAACGUCGAAUACCAUGCAGAUUUGCAAAAGCUUGCCGAAAAACUCGGCAUCACGGAGGCGGUGAUUUUCGCUCCCAACGUCAGUGAUGCGGCUCGUGACGCCCUACUUUCACGCUGCGUGGCGUUGGUGUACACGCCAUCCUUUGAGCAUUUCGGUAUCGUGCCCUUAGAAGCGAUGCGAGCGGGGAAGCCGGUCGUCGCCUGUAACAGCGGUGGUCCACGGGAAACCGUUGUCCACGAGGUGACGGGGCUGUUGUGCGACGAGCCGGUCACCCCAGAGGCGUUCUCACAAGCGCUCAAAUCGCUUGUGAUGGACGAGGAAAAGCGGCAACGGCUUGGUCAGAAUGCACGGGAGCGCGCAGUGCAAUGUUUCUCCCGUAAGGUCUUCGGAGAUCAACUCGUCUCUCUUCUCGGUUGA